CAUAACCUAGUGCAAUGUUUUUAACCAAUUUUUUGUAAUUCUUUUUUGUGUUAUGAUCAGAUUUCACAAUGAUUUUGAUAAUCAUAUUCCCCUAUGAGUUGUUGUGCUGUGAAAGGUGCUUGUGUUGAUAUGGGAUUUUGCUAGAAGAAAGAAAAUAAAGUUUUUGAUAGGAGAUUUUUCAAGAUGGGUGAAUCCAGCAUGGCAACACCAAUGGUGCAUACACCUAGGAAAAAAAUGACAAAACAAUUGACUGGAAAAAGGGAUGAUACACCUUUGCAUUCUGCAGCAAGAUCAGGGAAUUUAGAUGUUGUGAGGGAUAUUCUUAAUGAUGCUCAAGAGGAUGAAUUGCUUGAAUUAUUGGCUAGGCAGAACCAAGAUGGAGAAACAGCUCUUUAUGUUGCUGCUGAGUAUGGUUAUAUUGAUGUCGUUCGGGGAAUGAUUCAAUAUUAUGAUCUUGCUUGUGCUGGAAUUAAAGCAAGAAACGGUUUUGAUGCAUUUCAUAUUGCUGCUAAACAAGGAGAUAUAGAUAUAUUGAAGAUCCUUAUGGAGGUUCAUCCUGAAUUGUCAAUGACAGUGGAUCCAUCAAACACAACAGCUUUGCAUACAGCUGCAACACAAGGACAUAUUGAGAUAGUGAAAUUCCUAUUGGAAGCAGGAAGUAGUUUGGCAACCAUUGCUAAAAGUAACGGGAAAACGGCUCUUCAUUCUGCUGCAAGAAAUGGACAUUCGGAGGUUGUGAAAGCACUUCUUGAGAAAGAGCCAGGAGUUGCAACAAGGACUGAUAAGAAGGGCCAGACAGCACUUCACAUGGCAGUAAAGGGACAAAAUCUUGAGGUAGUGGAAGAGCUGAUAAAAGCAGAUCCUUCAACAAUAAACAUGGUUGAUAAUAAAGGAAACACAACAUUGCAUAUAGCAACCAGGAAAGCCAGAACUCGGAUUGUAAAUAUGCUUCUAGGACAAAAGGAAACAGAUGUGAGUGCUGUUAACAGAUCAGGUGAAACAGCAGUAGACACUGCUGAGAAAAUAGGGAACCAGGAUGUUAAAGCCAUUCUAUUAGAUCAUGGUGUUCAAAGUGCAAAAUCCAUGAAACCACAAGGAUCAAAAAGCACAGCUCACGAGUUAAAGCAAACUGUAAGCGACAUAAAGCACGAGGUACAUUACCAAUUAGAACACACACGCCAGACACGAAAACGUGUUCAAGGAAUCGCAAAACGUAUCAACAAGAUGAAUACAGAAGGACUCAACAAUGCAAUAAACUCAACAACCGUUGUGGCAGUACUAAUAGCAACGGUUGCAUUUGCUGCGAUUUUCACUGUCCCUGGUCAAUUUGUUGAUGAUCCAAACAAUAUUCCAGAAGGGAUGAUACUUGGUGAAGCAAAUAUAUCUCCAGAAGCACCGUUUAUAAUUUUCUUUGUAUUUGAUUCUAUUGCACUCUUCAUUUCUCUGGCUGUUGUGGUUGUUCAAACUUCGGUUGUUGUUAUCGAAAGCAAAGCAAAGAAACAAAUGGCGGCUAUAAUUAAUAAGCUAAUGUGGUUGGCUUGUGUGCUUAUUUCUGUGGCAUUUUUAGCAUUGUCAUUUGUUGUUGUUGGAAAGGAAGAAAAAUGGUUGGCAAUUUUUGUUACCAUUAUAGGAGCAACUAUAAUGGCUACAACUUUGGGAACUAUGUGUUAUUGGGUCAUUAAGCAUCGAAUUGAGGCAUCAAACUUGAGGAACAUUAGGAAAUCUUCAAUGGAAAGCAAAUCAAAGUCUUUUACAGUGACAGCUUUGUCAGAUUCUGAGCUAAUGAACAAUGAAUUUAAGAAAAUGUAUGCUAUUUAGCAAAGUUGUACUAACCUUAUUUACUUCAAUGAAAUGGCUAUAUGUAAAUGAUGUACUAACCAAAUCCAGAUAGUAAAUAGUCACAUAUUACUCCAACAGGGGUGGCAUAUCUUAAAGAACAUUCUGCUCAUAUUAAUCGUGAUUUGAGUUUGAUUUCAAAGUUUUCCUAUUGAUAAA